AUGGGUCGACAGUCUCUCAAGAAUGUGCUCUUGAUCGGUUCAAGUGGGCAACUGGCGCCCCAUCUCAUUCGUGAGCUCUCUGCCUCGCCACACCUAGCACUCACCGUCCUUUCGCGCUCAACCCCUUCUUCACGGUCUCGGAAUGCUAAAUUCAUAACGCUGCCGAGUCCGUAUAAAUAUGAGGAUCUCGCGAGUUGUCUCAAGGGGAAAGAUGCAGUGGUCAACCUGAUACCAUCUGGGCAAUUUGAAAUAACCGUCAUUGAUCUAUGCAUUCGGGAAGGCGUGAAGAGGUACAUACCACCUGAAUUCGGAGCGCGCACCGACAACGACAUGGUUGUAGAGAAAGUCCCUAUUGUGGCUAUGAAGAAGCGGGUCAAAGACUUACUGCAGAGCAAAGAGCGGGAAGGAAUCAGUUGGACAGGUGUGGUAUGUGGGGCUUUUCUGGAUUCCGGUAUCAAGAACGGCUUCCUGGGGUUUGAUAUCAAGAACAAACAAGCCAGACUCUACGACCAAGGGGAGCACAAUAUGGAUGUAACGUUGCUUUCCGACGUCGGUAAAGCUGUAGCAUCGAUCCUGAGCGAUCAUCCCACUGAGACAAAGAACCAAUACGUCUACAUCAACACCUUCUUGACCUCCCAGAACAGCGUCCUCAAGCCACUCGAAAAAGAGUCUGGCAAAUUUGAAAUCAGUCAUGCGGGAGCAAAAGAAGCGAACGAAGAAGGCACGGCAAGGAUAAAGAAAGGCGAUUUUGGCGGCGUGAAAGAUAGUCUGAUGGGGAGGAUGGCGAGCGGAAAGGAUGGGAUCAACGGGGAAGGAAAGCAUAACGAGCUGUUGUUGGGACGCGGAACGAGAGGCUUAGAAGAUUUGGAUGGCGUUGUGGGAGAUAUAACGAGGUCGUCAUGGCAGUAA